AUGUUUGAUCAAUUGUGCAAAGACUGUCUUGACCCAACUACCACAAGCCAACUUAAUUAUACUCACAAACCAUUAAAAGCUUUAAUCAAGAAACUAAAUAGAAAUACAAGUGGCUCCAAGAAUCAUAAAUUAUUUAAUGAUCAACAAACUUCACCACCAAUCAAUAAUAAUAAUAAUAAUGAAUCAAAAUAUGAAAUAUUAUAUUAUAUGGUUAAAAGGUUAUUAGAGUAUGGUUUAGAUUUUCGAUACAAGUUGUUUUCCUGUGCAUUGGAGGAUUCAAACAAUCAAGAGAUAUUGAAAUGGAUCAAAGACAGUCACGAUAAUAUUCAAGAUUUUAAAAGACAAUGUCAAUCGUUAAGUUCAGAUAUCAAACGAUAUGCAAACACAAAUACUCUACGGCUGAUAGAAUUCGACCCCAACCCGUCCUUUUCCUUUUCCUUUGGAUUGUAUUUGGCGGACAACUAUGACUUUUUAUCGUAUGUGCUGGGUAUCCACGGUCACCGACACCUUUUCCACCUCCUCGAUGAUGUAUUGUUACUUGGAAAUUUGGAAUGCACCAACUUGCUCAUCGAAUCAAUCGCCACUCAUGCAACUAAAGAUGAUAGUUUUACCAUUUCCGGGGAGAUUCACACAUCGUUAAUGACAUUGGAUUUUGUCAAACGGUUGCUCAAUAUCAAGAAUAAUCAAGUCAAUGGUUUAGAUAAGUUGGUUGUAUCCAUUAUUAAAUUACAAAAACUAGAUAUUUUGGAAUAUAUUCUAUUAUCAUCAUCAUAUGCCAUCUCAAAUGAUCCUGCCAUACACCAUACUUUUAUCUUGGAAUCUCUCAAAAUAGACAAUCCGAUAUUUAUCGAGAUACUCCUCGAUAAAUUCUUUCCCCUGUCCACUGUAUUUACAAUUCCAAAUAGUUUUGAAAUGAUCGAUCCUCAUCCACUUGGUUCUCUCUAUUCAAAGGGUCAUACAAUCAAGUUUGCUUUGGGUUGCUAUUCAAUGUCACCAAUUCCAAAAUCCUCGAUGACAUUGAUUAUCAACCAUCAAUCAAUUCAAAUCGUUCCCAGUUGGUUGGUUAUUUUAUCGUGUGUACACUUUCAUGAAGAUGACACUGAUAUUCAAUUGUUGAAAGAUGUUGUAUCGAAUUAUAAUUUCAACAAAAUUCAAGAUGUAUUAACAAUUGCAUGCGCCAAAGGUCUAAUUCAAGUAUUGGAAUGUUUCCCAGCCUCUAAAAUUUCUCUAUUUUGUGAUAAACUGAUGCAAGAAGCAAUCAAAAACAAACAAUUCAAAGUGGCAUGUUUUUUGGUCGAUAUUUUCAUCCAUCAAAUACCUACAUCACUAUCCAAUAUGGGUGAUUGGUUAUUCAUAUUACAUCAUCUCAACCGAAUUGAAGAUGAAGGUGAAUUUGAAAUGUUGUGGAAUCAAUUGGUGUCGGUCACUACCCAAUGGACGAUAACAGCAACAACAACAUAUACUACUACUACUACUACUAUGAAUGAUCAUCACAACAAGAUCGAUAAUAAUAGUCUUCUUUUUAAAAGUAUAUUAAACAACUAUUAUUUAAGAACAAAGAUUUUUCAACAUGUACAACAUAUACAUGGACAAUUGAUUGGUAAAUUUUAUUAUUUGGUCCUCAAAGAACAUGAAAUGACAUCCUUGAAUGACUAUAUACAAUUAAAUCGUACUGAUCUAUUCAUCAAACAUUUUGAUAAAGUCUAUCAAACUAUACAAUCUAAUGGGAUCAAAUUCGAUUUUAAUCACUCUAACAAAACAUUUAUACCUCUCUUGGAGACUAUAUUUAGAAAUGAUAAUGACAUUGUAUUGGAGUAUUUGUUGCAACGAUUUAAAGGAGAAUUGGACGCAGAAGAAAUUCAAAGAUUUGUUGUUAGUCUACAACACGAACAUCCUAGAAAGUUUUCAAUUGGAGUAUAUUGGGUUUUAAUGCGCCACAAAUAUCAUUUAUUGGUUGGAGGUGUGGAUGUUGCAACACGCUCAACGUUUGUUGAUAUGUUUCUCUCGAUGACAAUCUGGGUUGGUGAUUUGGCAUUGUGUGAUCAAUUUUGCAAAGACUGUCCAGACUCUAACAACAGAAUAAUAUCAGUCAGGAUCUUCAAAACUAUAAUCGAGAGACUAAAUAAUGAACAACUACUUGAAAGUUCACCAACCAAUACCAACAACAAUAAUAAUAAUAAUAAUAAUAAUAAUAAUAAUAAUAAUAAUAAUGAAUCAAGAUAUAAAAAAUUAUUUGAUAUGGUUAAAAAGUUAUUAGAGUAUGGUAUAGAUACAAGAGAAGAAUUAUUUCAAGAUGCAUUGGAUGAAUCUUACACCAACAAUCAAGAGAUAUUGAAAUGGAUCAAAGACAGUUAUGUUGAAAAUGAAAAUGAUUUCUUUUGUUUCUGUCAUUAUAGAUUAUCUGAAUUAAGUAUCCAAUGCAAUGCAAAGACAGAUACUCUACAACUGAUUGAAUACUAUCCACCCCACAAAAUACAUAUUUAUCCAUAUACAGCAAAAAACAUCGACUAUAUAUCUUUUAUGAUCGGUAUCAAUGAGCACCGACAACUUUUCAAACUCCUCACCAACACGUUGGAUCAUGGAUAUUUGGAAUCUGCCAACUUGCUCAUCGAUCAGAUUUAUAUGCUUGAAAAAGAUCAGGUUGACAUUGCCAUUUCUGGGAUCAUUCACCCAUCGAUCAUUUCAUUGGAUCUUGUCAAACGUUUGAUGAGUCUAAAGUCUAUUAAAGCCAAUUUAAUUCAAUUGGUUCAAACUAUUAUUCAAUCACAAAAGACAGAUAUUUUAGAACCUCUUUAUUUUCUCUACUCUAAAGGUCACACAAUCAAGUUUGAAAAGUUGAAUCAAUUUGCACCAAUGCCAAUCGAAUCUUUGAAAUUGAUUAUCGACCAUCAAUCUAUCCAAUCCGUCCCUCCUUGUAUCGCCGUGUUUUCAUGUGUUUGUAAUUACCAUGAAGAUUACUCUUAUCUGGUGGCCGAUGUUGUGGAAUUGCUCAAAUCAAAAAAAUACUUUUCAAUGGAUACAUAUUCAUCAAUGAGUGUUUUGUAUAGUGCAUCCGAGAAAGGUCUGAUCAAUGUGUUGGACUGCUUCUCAGAGUCGGGUAUUUGGUCAUUAAACGACUCACUGAUUCGAGUAGCAAUCAGAAACAAACAAAUCAAAACUGCAUGUUAUUUGGUUGAAAGAUACUUUGACUAUUACUGGGCAUAUGGAAAUCAUGAAAGUUGGGUUAAAAUAUUAGGUAACGUCUUCUAUAUCGACGAUGAAGAUGAAUUUCAAAUGUUUUGGAAUCUAUUGUCUCCCAUAACUACCAACUAUUUGAUAAUCUCAUCAUUGAUAAGAAGAAUUAGCUCCGAUAAAACUCUGUUAAUUUCUAGAAAAAUAGAUAAAAUUAUAAAAUAUUAUAGCUUAUUUUAUAAUGGUCCUGAAAAGAGCCUUUAA